GUUCCUCUGCAAUCUGAAUUUGGUCGAAACUGGACUGGUUGAAUAAAUCAAACCUAUAUAUUAUAUAUAUAUAGUUAGCAUCUUCGUUUAAAGACAAACAGCCCCUGCCCUCCUCCACUUUCCCUUUCACUUGCAGAGAAAACGUCGACUAGUGAUCUUGGUCGUAGAUUUCCUUUCCUGAUCAGAAGCUCCUCCUCGUCAGUUUCAACAAGUUCCUCGUAUCAGGAGCGAAUUAAUUACGUUAUGGCUGAAAAUAGAGUUCAACAUGAUCAUGAUCAGGCUGAGUUACUUCCUUGUGUGGUUGAUCUCUAUGGAGGCGUUUCAGUAAACAUGGAGAAGCCCAUGGAUUCUACGGUCUUUGCUCCGUUGCUUCAAGCCUCAAUAUCACAAUGGAGGGAACAGGGGAAGAAGGGUAUCUGGAUCAAAUUACCCAUUGAACAAGCAAAUCUCGUUGAAGUUGCAGUUAAGCAAGGAUUUAGGUAUCACCACGCUGAACCAGAUUACUUGAUGCUUGUAUUUUGGAUCCCUGAAACUACAGAUACUAUACCUGCAAAUGCUUCCCAUCGAGUGGGAAUUGGUGCUUUUGUCAUGAACAGUCAAAGAGAGGUGCUUGUAGUUCAGGAGAAUAGUGGCAAAUUCAAAGGAACAAGCGUGUGGAAGUUACCCACUGGUGUUGUUGAUGAAGGUGAAGAUAUUUGUCCAGCAGCCAUCAGGGAGGUCAAAGAAGAGACAGGAAUUGACACAGAAUUUGUUGAAGUUUUAGCAUUCAGGCAAAGCCACAAGUCAUUCUUUAGGAAAUCAGAUUUGUUUUUUGUCUGCCUGUUACGACCACACUCCUUUGACAUCCAGAAGCAGGAUAGAGAGAUUGAAGCCGCCAAGUGGAUGCCGAUUGAGGACUACGCAGCUCAACCUUUUAUCAGAGGACACGAGAUCUUCAAUUAUAUUGCAAAAAUAUGCAUAGCAAAGUCGGAGGGGGAGGACUAUGCUGGAUUUGUUCCGCUAUCUACAAAAACAGCCUCUGGCAAAACAAGCUACCUUUACUUCAAUGGGGAUCUGAAAAACCAAUUAAUUUCGGAUAAUCAGAAGCAGAAAAUGCCGAUGUAAAGAACGCCAUGUGGAAGUGAUGACAGGGUCCUCAAAGCUCACGUCGAUUUAAGGAAAAUGGAAUAAAAACAAACUUAGCUAUUAAAUUAACAUAAAUGUUGCUACCGUUUGUUCUUAUAUUUAUUUAAAUAAAAAAAAUUUAUGCAGUCACUUUGUCUACUA